AUGAGCGAAGGAUUAUCCGCAUCACAGUUAACCUCACUCUUCGAUGCUGUCGAGGCGGGCCACUCGCAUACUAUAGCCGAUCUCCUAGCUCAGAACCCGGCACUUUCUCUAGUCCAAUGUGAAGAUAACUUUGAGCUCGACGAGCAUGUUGCUGACAUCUUGGGCAGUGACGGAACAAGAAUGACGGGACUGGCUGCUGCUUUGGCCAUGUAUUCCACCAGCAAGUCGGAUAGUGAUCAAAAAAAGCGGAUGGAAGUCAUCAAUGUAUUCCUCAAGACUAUGCCCUCAGGCGAAGACUUGAAUGGCUUGCGUUUUGGAAAUCAAAAUACUGCCCUGCAUCUUGCCGCAUCUCUCGGAUUGAGAGGUGCAGUAAUCAGCUUAAUGGGUCAAGGUGCUUUGGCCAACGUAACGAAUGCAUCCGGCAGGACGGUUUUGGAAGUCGCUGAUCCAGAGAUCGCUGAACUUAUACGGUGGUCCAUAAAGUCUCAGGAGCGUAAAAAGGCCAACAAGACUAAUACAUUGCCACUACCGAAAACCGCCAAGCAAGCACCUCAUCCUUCGACCCAAGCCGUGGCGCCAGCUGCUGAACCUCGAACAGUGUCAUCACCAGCUCCAACUCCAGUCAAACAAGAGGCAAGAGUUGAACCAAUAAAAUCUCUGCCGAAAGUAGAGCAAAGGAUAGUAGAGUCUAUCGCUGUCAGGCCCGCAGUAGUAUCAGAAUCAAUCGUGGUCAAACCAGUAGUAGCAUCAAAGGUGGAGCCAACUCAAACUGCCCAAAUCAUCAAGCCUGUAGUAGAGUGUGGUGCUAGUAAGCAUGAUGUCGUUGUGCCUUCCGAUGACGAAGCUCGCAACUCGCUUCGACAAGCCAUGACGACAUCAGCGGAUUUGGAAUUCCUGAAAUCUACAAGUCGGGUCAACAAUCUCAAACAAGCACUGGGUGUAUCAGCCAACACGACCGCUCCUACUGCUACUCCCUCCACUUCUUCUGGUGUAAAGAAUAGUCGCUUCUUCCAAACUGGAGAGUUGCCAAUCACCCGCUCAGCUACUCUUAAUAGUAGACCGGUUCAAGCUCGCGCCCCCGUUCCUACACUUUGGACUAAACCAAGUGCACCAGUUGUCGUUUCGCAACCUCCGACUAUCGUUGCCAACGUAUCCCCAGUCAUCAGCCUACCUACCAUAGAACCAAUACCUGUAACACCAAUAGGUCACGUAGAGGAUGAAGCAGAAAUCGUCAAAACCGCAGAGCUCAAAACUUUCAAGAGCGUAAAGGAGUUGCUGAAUGAAUAUAAGGGUGACAAGAUGUUUGAAAAGGCUGCUCAACGGACAGCACUGUCGCAACCAGCUGCAACGAAACCAGCAGUAGCUGUUAUAGCGGUAGCUGCAGUCAUCGAAGAAUUCAAACCUCAAUCCAUUGGAGAGCCCAUUGCCAAGGUUGAGGCGCUUGAGGAAAUUCCUCUACCUCGAGUCGUUACUCCUCAGCUUUCGGUAAUGGAAGUGUCAACGCCCGAAAUCGUUGACGAAGUAGUCACGGUACAAGAAGUGGCAGGUACGCCAAUAAUCGUAGCGCCAGCUGCAGACGCUAUUGAGAAUUUGAGAAUCUAUGAAGUUUUAAGCGCCGUUGAUACGGAAGUCUGCCCAGAAUUGGAAGAACAGAGAGAAGAAGUUGCCGAAAGCUGUGCUCCAUUGCCAAUUGUUGCUCCAAAGCAAUUGGAAUUUGAGAUGCCAAGUGUAACUCUGGACUUUGAUUUACAACUUGGUCUUGAUUGGCUCUCAACAGAUACUCAACUUUUUGAGCCAAAGGUUGCACCUAUUCAGAUGGUCGUUCAGCCUGAGGUUAAGAUUCUUGCAGCCCCAGUCAAGACGGAAACACCAGUCAAAAAGGAAAUUUUGCUACCUCUUGUUGAGGAAUUCAAGCCCUUGAUGGUACCAGUGCUAGAACCUGAGCACAAACCUGCUACCAAACCGGAAGAACCCAAAGUUACAGUCAAGGCUGCUGAGUCCACCCAACCUGUACCCAGGACGACAGUCGCAUCUCGCAAACCAGUCCAACAGUUGGUGACAUCUCCCGUACAACGAGAAGCUUCAUUCACCCCAUCUAUCUCUUUUGAUCAUCUUCCAUCCCCUCCUGCAUCCUCUUCUGUCGUUGACGGUCCAACUCAGAUCGAUGCAUGGCUCGCUGAACUCGAAGCUGCCGAUGCAGCCAACAAGGCCAAAGUGAUUGAUGCAAACAAGUCCCUUGUAGUUGACAACAAGCUUGAGAAGAUAACCACACAAUCAAGACCCAUUGGUGGUGUUCGGAAAUCGAAGAGUGUUCGCUUCGAGGAUUUGAAUGAUGAUGAACCACUGAGGAGUCCAUCUGAUGAAGCUACGAAUGCUUCGUCCAAGUCUUUACCAGGAGCAUUGAAGGCUGUUACGCCACCCGUUCAACAAGUGAAACCUCAGGUUCAAGCAGCCCCGCAAGCCUUUCUACCCAAAAACGAUUCUCAGACUACAGGGACUUUCUACAUUGAACUAUCUGACAUUCAGGGUGUUAACUUCACCAAUCGCGGAGGCGUGACUGUUACCUUGUCAUUGAGUCACGGCAACGCUGUUUUUGCAACAACACGGCCCAUCCACAUUCAAGAUAACCGUCGUGCUGAAUUCAAACAGGACUGUGUCUUCACCAAGCUAAUCCGAGACUUGCCACUACAUCUGGAAGCUAAAUUCAUGCCAGCCAUUCCUCUCCCAGUUGCCCAACAUCAACCAACAAAACAAAAGAAGGGAUUCUUCCCAACAUUUUCGCGAAAGGAAAAUGCCAUCACUCCUCAACCUGCUACCUCCGCUUCCGCCUCUCAAACCGCUCAAAGAGAGCAAGGAUUCCUACCAAACGAAGGUGUGGUUGGUACCUUUGACGCAGAUCCAAUUGAAUUUGCUCGUCAAGCAGACUUGUCAGUCUCUGGAGAUAUAUGGGAUGGUGUACUUGAAGUGAGUGAUGGACAGUCUAUCUUGGCCUCUAUUGGAGCUCGUGUAGCUUUUGUUAGGAGUGACGUUAGCAAGGGACAGGCCCUGCCUUCAAGCAUUGACGAAGUUUACCGUGCUAUGGAUGCAAGAGAUUGGUGGACCAAGGAAACCAAAACGGGGUUCCUCUCCCAUUUGACUGGUGAUGUUCGUGCUAUGCGAAAACGAUACUUCGUCCUGCGUGGAGCCAGACUAUACGCAUAUGCUGAGAUUGACGGGAACCUGACUCUCCGCAACACGGUAGACCUACACAACAUGAUUUCCGUAUCUGCCGAGAGAAGUGCCGCUACUGGAGGUGGGAGAGGAGAAUUCCGCAUCACGUUUACUGAUGGCGCUUUUGAACAAUUCAAGUCUGACCCAGCCACAGAAUGUGAUCAAUGGGUGAAUGCCAUCAAAAGCCUUGGAGCUGAAUCCAGCUGGCCUACAUACCCUGAAUGGUUGAUAGGUCCUCUUCCACGAUUAUAG